CACGGACGUGACAUCACCGGCCCGCACUGCCCGCUGGGUAGUGACGUCUCGUGCACCGGAAGCGGAUCCCCGGAAGUGCGAGUGUGGACGAGUCGGCCAAUAGGAGAGCGGCGGGGUCUGAGGUGAUGCCACGCUUAGAGCCCUUGGAGGGCCCUCUCCGCUAAGGCGAGAGGGGUGACCAGGAAAGCGAUGGAGACGCAGAGCAGUACGCUGAUGGAGCACCAGUACAUGUGCUCCGAGUGUGGCCAGUUGUACAACACCCUGGAGGAGGUGCUGGUGCAUCAGCAGACCCAUGUCGGGCUCCACGUGUAUGUGUGCCCUGAGAUAGCUGACUCUGAGAUGAAGGAGCUGGGCCUGGCUCACACAGGAGGCAGCACCGAGAGCCGAUUCCAGUGCCUGGAGUGUGGGCAGUUACUGAGUAGUCCCGAUGAGCUGCUCCAACACCAGGGCCUGCACGCCAAGGAGGGCUUGGUCUGUGGCAAGCUGGAGAUUGGCAGUUUCAGCCUGGCAGAGGGCAACCAUCAUUACGAAUGCUCGGAAUGCAAGCAGAUUUUCACCAGAACCGAGGAAGCUUUGUACCACCAGCAGCUACAUAGCAAGGAGCACCUGGGCAGUGCUGACUACGUGGAGUUUGCCAUUCACAACCGGGAGAGUUUGCACCAGAUGCUGAUUGGUGAACAACUGCAGCAGUGUUCGGAGUGCGGUCAGUUCCUCAGCACCAUGGAGCAGUUCUUGCAGCACCAGGGCCUGCACACUAAAGCUGCUUCAGCCGAGAAUACCGAAUAUCCCAACGGUGACAACAAGGGAGAGCUCACGGGGCUGGAACCCGCAGCGCGGUAUGUGUGUGGGGAUUGCAGUGCUGACUUCCCCAGCCCCCAGCUGCUGCUCGCACACCAGUCCACCCACGGCAAGGAAUGCCCCAUGCACACUGGUACCAUGGACUGUCGCCAGGGCUGGCUGGAACAUUCAGGAUCUGUCCCAGAGCAGGCAGCUUCCUCGCCUGGAGCCCAGGAGGGCAACUGGGGGCCGGGCCUGGGCGACAGCACCAACCACUGCCCGCAGAGUGUGAGCCCAGUUCCCCAGAGCCUGGAUAUAAACCACACCGCCAAGGGCACAGCAGAUCUGCCGGGCUCCCUUGGAGGGUUGGGGACCUCAGGCUUGGUACAGGGAGUGUUGGAGAGCUCGGGAAUGGAAAUGGGGGCUGUGGCGAACUCUGGGUUGGUGCCAGGGGCAGUGGGGAUCUCGGGGCUGGUACAGGGAUCUGUGGGCGGGAUUGCUGAGGGGGUACCGGGGAUGGUGCCGGGGGAGGUGAGGGAUCAUUGCUACGAGAAUGUGACUGGCCCGGCAGCUCUGGAAGGGACACAGACCGCUUACGGUGAGCCGCCUUCACAGCCGGAGGCCCCCCGGCUACCGAAUGAUUCUGCGGCUCUGGCACAGCCCCCCGGUGCCGCCCCCGGCAAGGGCCAGUCACUGGACUGCGCCGAGUGCGGCAAAGUGUUUACCAGCGCUCGCCGGCUCCUGCAGCACCAGAAGACCCACCUAAGCCGCGCCCACAACUGCCCAGAUUGCAAACGGACCUUCAAGAAGGCCUCAUCGCUGGAGCAGCACCUCCGUAGCCACAAGGGGGAGGUGCUGUAUCUGUGCACCGACUGCGGCAAGGGCUUCAGCACCGAGUCGGCGCUGGUACAGCACCGGCGGCAGCACACCGAUGACCCGCUGCACCGCUGCAGCGAGUGUGGCAAGGCCUUCAACAACAUGACCAAGUUCCUCUAUCAUCGACGCACACACUCCUCUGCCGCCGCUCCCAGUAAAACCACCGGCGGUCCGGCCAGGAAGGAGGCCGAGAGGAAGGAGCCGGUGGCCCCCGGCUGCUCUCAGCCAGCGCAGGAGGAGCCCGGUGCCGCGCCGGACGCCCCCGGGGGGCGCCCCAGCACUGUGCUGGUCUACGAGUGCGGCCUGUGCGGUAAGGAAUUCGGCAAGCAGUCGCAGCUCCUUCGGCACCGGCGCCUGCACAACUGCGAGCGGCGGCACAAGUGCCAGGUGUGCGGCAAGGCCUUCCGCAAGCCGGUGCACGUCAAGAACCACAUGCGCACCCACACGGGCGAGCGGCCCUUCCAGUGCGCCGAGUGCGGCAAGACCUUCACCACGCUGGCCAACCUGAUGCGGCACCACCAGACCCACACCGGCGAGCGGCCGUACAAGUGCGAGUUCUGCGGCCGGGCCUUCGCCCAGUCGUCCAACCUCCAGCAGCACCGUCGCAUUCACACCGGUGACCUGCCCUUCAAGUGCCCUGACUGCCCCAAGGCCUUUGCCCGUGCCUCCAAGCUCCUGCUGCACCAAUACUGCCACACCGGCGAGCUCCCCUACACCUGCUCGGACUGCGGCAAGGGCUUCACCAGGCAGCGGCGGCUGGAGUUGCACCGGCUUGUACACACCGGUGAGGUGCCGCACCGCUGCCUGGACUGUGGCCGCCAGUUUGCCGACGGCUCCAAGCUGGAGGAGCACCGCUGCUCGGGCCGCUGCACCGACACCUACGACUGCAAGAGCUGCGGCAAGCGGUGCCACUCACUGGGUGGCCUGCAACUGCACCAGCGCAACCACACGGGCGAGCGGCCCUACGGCUGCCGCCAGUGCAGCAAGAGCUUCGCCAGCGCCGCCGGCCUGUCCCUGCAUGAGCGCCGGCACACCGGCGAGCGGCCCCACCCCUGCCACGAGUGCGGCAAGCGUUUCGGCUCCUCGUCCAGCCUCCUGCUGCACCGCCGCAUCCACACCGGUGAGCGGCCCUUCAAGUGCGGUGACUGCGGCAAGGCCUUCAAGCAGUCCAACCACCUGCGGGAGCACCGGCGCACCCACACUGGCGAGCGGCCCUACAAGUGCGAGACCUGCGGCAAGGGCUUUGUGCAGUCCAUGCACCUGCUGGACCACCGCCGAAUCCACACCGGCGAGCGGCCUCACCCCUGCGGCAAGUGCGGCAAGAGCUUCAAGACCCCGUCGAACCUGCGCAGCCAUCGGCGCACCCACGCCGAGCCCCACAUCGUCUGCACAGAGUACGGCGAAGCCUUCGCCAUCAUCGAGUCCAGCGAGGCCAUCCCCACCACCAUCGUGGAGACCAUCGAGAUCUACCAGGCCACCCUGGACGACAGCAUCCAAGUGGAUGGCUUUGUGUGAAAAGGCAGUUCUGUGCUGUCGCUCCUGCCGCCUGAGCAGAAACGCUGAAUGUUUGCGGACUUCCUGUGGGGGCAGGCUGCCAUCAAUGUUGUACAUUUCACCGAGGUUUACAAGGCACGUGACUUUGAAGAGUUUAUUCUCCACCCCCCCCCGCUGUUUUUUUCGAGCUACCUAUUAGCCUGAGACUUGCUCCCAGGCAACGUUGGUGACUGGGAUCCAGUUUAAUUUCCUGUUAAGUGUGAAAUACAGAAGUUGUUCCUUGAA